AUGUUGUGUAUAUCAUCAAUAUAACAAAAGAUAUUUUUAUUAUUCUAGAAACCUAAAGAAGAAAAAUUAGUCUCGCAGCCGCACGCACCCGGAGAAACAAAAAAAAAUGGCUGCUUCGUCGUCCUCCUCUUCAGGUCGCGAAUUCGAACUAGAGAAGGAGAUAAAGAGGCAAGAGGUUUCGUUAGAUGAAUUGAGCUGUCUCUCUUCUUCUCGAAGCGUCUACCAGAAGAAUUGCAACCUCUUCUUCCUCACCACAGCUGAUAAAGCCAAAACCUCUGCGCAGAAACAACUUGACCUCGCGAAAUCUCAACUCGGCAAGAUUCGUUCCCGGACAUAAACAAUGGGAGCUUUGUAGUUCUCGAUUUAGAGCUUACCUGUGUUUCCUAUGAUGUAUUGCUUCAUCUUGUUAUGUUUUGCUAUGAAAGAUUCAUACCACGAGGUUCAAAUAUAAAGAGUUAUGGUAUGAUCUUGAAUAAUCGUGGAAUUGAUUGUAAAUUUCUUGAUUUUAAUAUGAAAAUCAUCUGUUCUGAUA